AUGUCUUCGCGUGAGGUUCCGGAAUACCUGCCUGCCCCUCGUGCGCACCACCCUCCUCCCUGCGAGGGGAUCAGGACUGAGGUGUUUUCUGCGAGUGAUGCCACGGCGAUGAGGUUGCGGCAGCCGGGCAAUCUCAAGCUGCUGGCUCGGGAGGCCCUGUCCAACAUCUCUCGUUUCAUGGAGUCUAGGCAGACGAGCCCCCACAUGGUGACGGUGAACGCGAGCAUCCGGGUGCUGACCCGGGUACUGCCGGCCCUCCUGUCGUCUCCCGAGCUCCGCUCCUGGUGUUGGGCGCGCCGAACGCUGCCGCAACUGCUCUCCUACCUGCGGAACAACGAGGAACACUCACCGCCACGAAACGGACAGGACGUGCGGCAGCAGCAGCAGCAGCAGGGGAGACGACAAGAACAAACGCCUCGCGGGAGGUUUCCCACGCCCGAGCCCAUCGACGCCGAGCCGGCUCCCCUGCCGGACACGACGUCCCCGCCCUCCCCCACAGAACUAGACGACGGCGUGGCUUCGUCGGGGAGCGGGGUUUCCACCGGAGGUGCCGGUGCCGGCGGCGGCGGCAUCAGCAGCCGUGGCGGCGUCAACUGCAGGCCGUACGGAGGAAGCGGGGACGGCGACGACGGGGAGGGGGAUGGUGGCAAGGGUGGAGACAGCGGGAGCGAAGGCGGCGGCGGUAGAGACGGCGGCCGCGGCGGCGCGGGCGACGACUUUCCGGUGUGUUUCGCCUCGGUGGCUCUGCACGCGGCCACCAGCCUGCUGUCCUUCCCCGGGUUCUGCGUGGACGACGAGGCGAUGGAGUGGAACGACUACUACACCCCCAUCCCGGAUUUGCACUACGGGAUCAAGGAGGCCGCCAUCAUCUGGGCACCCGGGGUUGCGGUCACAGAGCACAACAUGCGGCAAGUGAGCUCUUUCGAUUCCAACCGGGUGGAGACCCUCCGGCUCUUGGCGACCCUGCUGUCUCUCCCCCUCUUCCUCGACACCCCUUCGCCGUUCUCCUCCGAGCUGUUCUACUCCCUGCUUAAUCUUGCCGUGGUCAACAAGGCCGUGCCUGGGGGGGAGGCGGCGGGGCGGGCUGGCGGGGGCGGGGGGCAGGGUGUGAUGCGGUGGUUUGGGCCCUGGGGGGGCCCCGGACCGGGGGGGCCCCCG